AUGAAUCCAAUUCGAAUUCUCGUACUCGAUCUUCUCGUCAUCUCGUUGGCGGCUCAGCUGAUCCCAUCGUCGAGCUCCGAAACAGACAUGGUGAAGCUAGCGUUGGUCGAUUUCAUGAAGAAGCUCACCGGACCCAGUUCCCCGGCGCAUAACAAUAUUUCGGGAUGGAACAUGACAACCGAUCCGUGUCGAAACGAGUGGCACGGAGUCCGCUGCGACACAUCCGGAUCCGUGGUAGGGAUUUACCUCUCUGGGUUUCAAUUCUCCGGAGCUCUGGACUUCGAAUCCCUCUGUUACGUCGACUCUCUUUCCUUGUUGAAACUGCCAAACAACACCAUACGCGGACCGAUUCCCAGAAACAUUUGGCGGUGCAUCAAUUUAUCCAUACUCGAUUUGAGCAACAACCGGUUCGCCGGUCCGAUUCCUGAUUCGAUAUGGAGCCUCCAGAAUCUGACCCUCCUCGAUUUGGGUGACAACCGACUUUCGGGCCUGAUUCCGGAAUCGGUAGGAGAGCUGCCGAGUCUAACGUUCGUGGACCUGCACGACAACCAGCUUUCCGGCCCGAUUCCUGAAUCAAUCGCGAGGUCCACGGACAGGGUGAGCGGGCUGCCGCUGAGAAUCUUCCGGGCCGAGAACAACCGACUCUCCGGCCCGAUUCCAGGGUUCGAUUUUUACAUUCUGUCCGAAUUCAACGUGUCCAACAACGAUUUGACCGGACCGAUUCCUGCCCAGGCUGCUAGCAGCGGGAGUUUUGCGGCUGAUUGUUUCAUGGGUAAUCCUGAUUUGUGCGGGGAGCCACUGCCGUAUUCUUGUCCGCUGCCGCUGGUUCAGAGCCCGAUUCCGUCUGGGUUGCCUGGUCGGACCAGAUUGGGGCUUGUAAUGAUGGUUUAUUGCAGCCUGGGGGUUUCUGUUUUUUCUUUCUUGUUUCGAUUCAUCUGA